GCCUGAUCACUACUACUGUGCUGUACAAAGUACUGGCAGUGUGGUUCAUAUUCUUAAUGCUGCAGUUGCUGAGACGGACCUUCCCUCCGUUGACAUUUCCACGACGUUACAUGAUAAUAAGCAGAGCGUUCUCGGCAUCCAAAACAACACCACAACACAACAACGCUACCGAGCACCAACACAGCUAAAGCCCAAACCAAAAGAGUCGGCCAACCAAGAAACCUCAAAACCAAGUCACUCUUAAGCAGGAGAUUGCAUUUGGUAGCAGCAGCUCAGCUUAAUCGACUCUCAAAACCUCGCAAGAUGGCCGAUGUCAAAGCUAUAUUAGCAGGCAAAUACCCCGCCAAGGCCCACGCAAGGCGGGUGGUAGAAUGGAUGAGAGCGAAAAACCCCGGAGUUAGUGGAGUCCUAUAUUUGGAGGGACAAAAGACACGAAUGAUUGAGGACAAUGAUGAGACCCAGCCCUUCAGACAGCGUCGAUUCUUCUACUACCUGACUGGCUGCGCGCUGCCCGACUCCUAUUUCACAUACGACAUCGACAACGACAAAUCCACACUCUUCAUCCCACCCAUCGAGCCCGAAUCUGUAAUCUGGUCCGGCUUGCCCCUCUCGGUGGACGAAGCUCUCUCCCUCUACGACGUCGACCAGGUCCUCACUACAGACCAAGUAGCCUCUACCAUUGCACAUCCUCACUCCUCGUCGGCCGUCUGGGCGAUAGCAAAUCAAGUCAGCGACCAUAUUACCUUUCUCGAAUUCAACGAGAAGGACUUCUCUCUCCUCAAACUUGCUAUCGAGGAAUGCCGGGUCAUAAAGGAUGAAUACGAGGUGGCUUUGACGAGACACGCAAAUGAUAUUAGUACAAUUGCACAUACGGCGGUUUUGAAGGCUGUAAAACAUGCGAAGAACGAGAGAGAGUUGGAAGCGAUCUUUAUUGCGAAGUCGAUUUCGCAUGGAGCGAGGGAACAGGCUUAUCAUUCUAUUGUUGCCAGUGGAACCGCGGCGGCAACAUUGCACUAUUUGAAGAAUUCCGAGCCUCUGACAGGAAAGUUGAAUCUAUUGCUAGAUGCUGGUGCUGAGUACGACUGCUACGCUUCUGAUAUUACACGAACGUUCCCAAUCAAUGGACGAUUCAGCUCAGAGAGCAGAGCAAUUUAUGAUAUUGUACUCCAAAUGCAGAAUGUCUGCACCAAUAUGCUGAAGGAAGGAGUUAUAUGGGAUGCAGUUCAUCUGACCGCUCAUGAAAUUGCAAUCGAAGGUCUUCUUAAGCUUGGUAUACUUCAAGGCGAUAAGGAAGAUAUUUUAAAGACCAGAACCAGUGUGGCAUUCUUUCCGCACGGCUUAGGACACUAUCUGGGGAUGGACACGCACGAUACCGGCGGACAUCCCAACUACGAAGACAAAGAUUCCAUAUUUAGGUAUCUGAGGGUCAGAGGCCCAUUGCCUGCGGGUGCUAUCAUUACGGUUGAGCCCGGUAUCUACUUCUGCCGAUUCAUCAUCGAGCCAUAUCUCACAGAUCCCGUUCACGCCGCGUACAUAAACUUCGACGUGCUGAACAAAUUCUGGGAAGUUGGAGGAGUGCGAAUUGAAGAUAACAUCCUGAUUACUAAAGAUGGCUAUGAGAACCUGACAACAGCGGUUAAGGACGUUACUAAGAUGGAGGAGCUGAUCAAUGGAUCAUAAGAUUAUAAUUGUGGUGAUUGAUAUGUCGCUGGUUUAGGCAUCGGUAGGAGCUUUGAGCAUAACCUUCUUGCUAUAACGGGGCCAGAACCGGGUGUCUCUUCUGCGACUUGGAAGUUUCAUAAACCUACUUAUUGGGUUCGCUGAACGCUUCUACAGAACUAGCAUUAGACUUUGCGAGGGAAAAGCGUUAUUAUAUGACAUUCUGUGAAAGUCCGCCUCGAGAUUCCCUCUGGAUACACCUUUGCAAGGCAUACAAAGGCCCAGCCACAAGAUCACAAUUGGCAGUUAUUGCGGGAAUCCGGAACCAAG